UUUCUGUGAAUGGUAAGGCGGUACCUGGGACACAUGACAGAUCCCAGAAGCCGCCGGACCAAUCACAAAGCGCAGCGCUUCUCGCGCAUGCGCACUGGGCAUCCGGCUGUCCGACGAGCGCCGACAUUACAGAAGCGGGAAGACAGCGCGGCCGCUGAAUAGAGGAACAGGUAAGAUUUAAAAAAAAAACUCUGCGGAAAUUAAAAAAAAAAACUCUGCGGAAGUAAGAGCGGGUACCCCCCCCCCUCCCCAAAGGUCAGCAGUCAUCUCUGUACUGUCCGCAGUCUCUGGUCAUCUCCUGUACUGUGUCCGCAGUCCCUGGUCAU